CAGAACAUAAAAGCAGCAAGCGCUCGAGCGUAAAAUACACGCAAAUACACACACACACAUAUAAAUAAAAAGCAUGUCAAUCGCUCUUGGCAAUAAUUAUCUGUGAAAGUAAACAUCAAGACAACAGAGAGAGAGAGAGAAAGAUAGAGAGAGAGGCAAACGCUGCUAAUUAAUAGCGAAAUUAAAGCGAAAAUGAGCUGUUAAUGUGCAAUAUUAAUGUUACUCCUGAAUGCAGAGAGAGCAUUAACCAAAUUUUGAAACAAAGCAACAAUAAAAAUACGCUUCCGUCUUCUGAGCGUGCGCCUGCUAUGUAUUUGUAAAUACGUGCGUGUGUACGUGUGCGUACGUGUGUGUGUCCCGCUUUCGACGACUCUCUGUUUUUGUCAGUCAGCAUCCUGCAAACGGACGCAAAAACGCAAACCCCAAAAAGCAGUAAAAUCAUAUAGCUCGUAACUAAACAAAAGUGUAAACAAUUCAAUUGCAAAUAACAAAAUGGAAUGCCGCAGAAUUCGCAACGACGACGCUUAAUGCCAGACUCUGGCAGCUCUGGCAUUCGACAUCAUCAUAUGUAUGUAGCCGAUAGAAAUAGUCCACACCAGCAUCAGCACCCGGAGCACCCUGUGAAAAGCGCGUUAUUAUGCAGUGAUAAUCCCCUCGUAGUUCUUGUUGUUUUUUAUGCGUGUGCGUGCGUGUGUGUGUGUGUGUGACGACUGACCAAACGUAAUCACCCCAAAAGUAGAGAAAAUUUCCAACAAUUGACAAUUGAGUUUAAGUUGGCAAAGCGGCCACCCCCCUCAACCCCCUCAUCAGCCCCAGCCCCCCGCCCACAACAAUUUAAACUCAACUCAACUAAAACGCAUCAUCGCAUCAAGAUGUCCACCGAUUUUCUGUUCCCCAAAAUAGCGGACUGCUCCUAUGUCUCCUGUUACUGCGAGGAGAACGUUUGGAAGUUAUGUGAACAAGUGAAACGAACGCGCCCCGAGGAGUUGGGAAAGUGCUACGCGGUCUUUGUAUCAAAUGAGGGACGGACUGUGCCGCUGUGGCGUCAAAAAGCCGGACGCGGCGAUGAUCAAGUUGUCAUCUGGGACUAUCAUGUAUUCUUCAUGCACAAUCCCCUGCCGAAUCGCUGUUUAGUAUUCGAUUUGGAUACUACGUUACCGUUUCCCACAUAUUUUCAUAAAUACGUUACAGAAACUUUUCGAUCCGAUCUGGCACUACGUCCGGAGCAUCAUAGAUUCUUCAGAGUUAUACCCGCCGAUACAUAUCUAAUUGAGUUCUCAUCGGAUCGCCGACACAUGCGCCGACCAGAUGGCAGCUGGAUUAAGCCACCACCUUCAUAUCCACCCAUUUUAUCAAACACGAACACGCACUGUUUGGGUGACUUUAUAUGUAUGAGUGCUGGUAAGGGACCAGGCUCCGUCUACAGCCUCUCUGAGUUUGUGCAAAACUUUUACAAGUCAGCCCAUGUGAUGGCUCAACAGAACAAUUAGAUCAUCAUUAACCACAACAAUAUACUAUAAUUACAUAUAUCAGCAAAAACCAAAAAAUUAAGCUAAUCUAAAUUAAAAUUGUUGUUUUCAUGGCAACACAAAUGAUGAGCAUUAAAUUACAAGACAGUAAAUUAAAAAUUGCAUACAUAUUCUAUACAC